AUGACCAAGCGUACGAAGAAGGUCGGCGUCACCGGUAAAUAUGGCACCCGUUACGGUGCUUCCCUGCGUAAGCAGGUGAAGAAGAUGGAAAUCACCCAGCACGCCAAGUAUACCUGCACCUUCUGUGGUAAAGUCACCGUCCGCCGCCACUCCACUGGUAUUUGGAACUGCAAGUCAUGCAAACGCACCAUCGCCGGCGGUGCCUACAUUGUUUCUACCCCUGCUGCCGCCGCCAUGCGAUCAACCUUGCGACGAUUGAGGGAGAUUGCCGAGGUAUAA